CGCCAUUUUGCGGACAUGUCCGGGGAGGGAACCGAAUUUGGCUCCGGGAGAAAGGGCCCUUUCCUUCGCGUCGGAGGAGGGAAAACCGAACCUGGGAAUGGGGAAAGGAAGAGUCGUGGCCUUCUAGGGGAGGGCAGCCCUGGAGAGAGAACGGUCCGUUAAACUAAUUUUCUCAUCAUGGCAAUGGAAAUAACUUCUCCACCUCGGUUCUUCCACAUGCCGAGGUUCCAGCAUCAAGGCCCUCGGCACAGCUUUUAUAAACGGCCUGAUUAUGCUCAGCAGCAAGCCAUGCAGCAACUGACCUUUGAUGGCAAGCGUAUGAGAAAGGCCGUCAAUAGGAAGACAAUCGAUUAUAACCCGUCUGUUAUUAAGUUCUUAGAGAACCGCAUCUGGCAGAGAGAUCACAGAGACCUUCGAGCAAUACAGCCAGAUGCAGCUUAUUAUAAUGAUUUAGUACCACCUAUGGGAAUGCUUAAGAAUCCCAUGAAUGCAGUAACAACAAAAUUUGUCAGAACUUCAACCAAUAAAGUGAAAUGUCCCGUGUUUGUUGUCAGGUGGACUCCUGAAGGAAGGCGUUUAGUCACUGGUGCUUCAAGUGGAGAGUUCACACUCUGGAAUGGGCUCACAUUUAACUUUGAAACUAUUUUACAGGCUCAUGACAGUCCGGUCAGAGCUAUGACCUGGUCUCACAAUGACAUGUGGAUGCUGACAGCUGACCAUUGUGGAUAUGUAAAGUACUGGCAGUCCAACAUGAACAAUGUGAAGAUGUUCCAAGCUCACAAGGAGGCGAUUAGAGAGGCCAGUUUCUCACCUACGGAUAAUAAAUUUGCCACAUGUUCUGAUGACGGCACAGUUCGAAUCUGGGACUUUCUUCGAUGCCAUGAGGAGCGAAUUCUUCGAGGACAUGGUGCUGAUGUAAAGUGUGUAGAUUGGCAUCCUACCAAAGGAUUGGUUGUGUCAGGAAGUAAAGACAGCCAACAACCAAUCAAAUUCUGGGAUCCUAAGACGGGUCAAAGUCUUGCAACACUCCAUGCUCACAAAAAUACAGUGAUGGAAGUCAAAUGGAAUCAGAAUGGGAACUGGCUGCUCACAGCAUCCCGUGAUCAUCUCUGCAAACUGUUUGACAUCCGUAACCUGAAAGAGGAGCUGCAAAUCUUCAGGGGUCACAAAAAGGAGGCCACAGCUGUGGCUUGGCAUCCUGUGCAUGAAGGACUGUUUGCUAGUGGGGGUUCUGAUGGUUCUUUACUCUUCUGGCAUGUGGGUGUGGAGAAGGAAGUUGGAGGAAUGGAGAUGGCCCAUGAAGGCAUGAUCUGGAGUCUAGCCUGGCAUCCACUGGGGCACAUACUGUGUUCGGGAUCCAAUGACCACACAAGUAAAUUCUGGACGAGAAACCGACCUGGAGACAAAAUGAGGGAUCGCUACAAUUUAAAUCUGCUCCCAGGAAUGUCUGACGAAGCAGCUGGAGAAUAUGAUGACAUUGAGCCAAACAGUCUUGCAAGCAUUCCUGGGAUGGGCAUUCCAGAGCAACUCAAACAAGCCCUGGAGAUGGAGCAGGCUAGCAAAGAAGAAGUAAAUGAGGUGGAGAUGGCAAUCCCAGGAUUGGACUGGGGUAUGGAUGAAAUGAUGCUGAAGGACCAGAAGAAAGUGAUACAGAAGAAAGUCCCAUAUGCAAAGCCUAUUCCUGUACAGUUUCAGCAGGCAUGGUCUCAGAACAAAGUUCUGACAGCGCCUAUCGAGAUGCUGAAGAUCGAGAGGGCAGAGGAGAAGAAACUAGACGAAAAGAAGAAAUCUCAGGCAGAAAUCGAGCAGGAAAUGGCUGCUCUGCAGUACACCAAUCCUCUUCUAUUGGAGCAACUGAAGAUUGAGAGAAUGGCACAGAAGCAGGCGGAACAAGUGCAGCAACAGCAAGGUCCUCCUUUAGCAUCGCAGUCCUUUUCAGGGCCAGGAUUUCUCCCACAACCUCCCCAAGGAUUUCAGCAAAACCAUCCACCUCAGCAGAUGCAGAUGAAUAUGUCUCUAGCACAUUCUGGACCCCAAGGACAAUUCAGGCCGCCGGGACAGAUUGGACCUCCAGUCCCUUCACUCAUGCAGGGUCCUCCAGUGUCGCAAGGAUUAAUGGGUCCUCAGGGGAUUCAUGGCCCAGGAGGGCCCCCAGGGCCACAAGGUUUCCCAGGGCCUCAGAACCAUCCUGGCCAACAAGGACUACAAGGCCCACAUGGCCAAGGGUUAGGCCCUAAGGGGCAUCCAGGGCCCCAAGGACUAUCAGUGUCACAAGGAAUGCAGGGGCCAUCAGGUCCCAGGGGGAUGCAAGGGCCACCAAUGCAGGGAAUGCAAGGGCCUCCACAAGGAAUGCAGGGACCGCCCCACGGAAUGCCAGGGCAUCCUCAGGGAAUGCAAGGACCACCGGGACCUCAAGGACCACAGGGUGCACCAGGAGGUCAACCACAUCCUCAGCAAGGGACUUCAAAUAUGCAAGGGCCACCUCACUCAUCUCCUGCCUUUCAACAGCCAGCCAAACCCUCACUGCUGGGUGAUGGACCUAGAAUGCCAUUUAAUCAGGGGACUCCAAACCAAGUACCGCCAUUGAUGAUGUCAGGUAUGGGGCAGCAGGGACCAGUUCGAGUACCUGCUUCUAACCAAGGUCCUCCUGGCCCAGGGUCAGGCAAAGGUGAUGGAUCGUUAGGUCCUACCUCAGGGGCUAUGAUUCGAAACUCUAAUGUUCCAAAUACUGAGUUGCUUGGCCCAGCUUCAGGUGUUAUCAUGUACCAGCUACGCCCAGGGAUGACCAUCAUUAGACACCCAGGUCCAGGGCCCAUUGGAGCUCUUCCUUCACAGCAGCUUCUGUCCCAGAAAGGUGAACCUCACGGUCCUCCAAAUCACCACAUGGGCCAUCCACAAGAAAUGAGACAUGAUCAGAAUAUGGAACGUGAUCCCGACCAUGGGCCUUUCAGGGGUGCCCCGGACUGGCCAGAUCCCCGGGAAAAACGUCCAUCGGCUGAAAGGCGGGGCCCCCUGCACGACUUCCACGAUCGCUUCGACCCACAGGAUAAGUUCCGUGAGGAAUUCCGCAAGGAUGAACGAUUUGUCCUUAGGCCACGGGAAUUUGAGGGUCGAGGUGGUCCACUACCUCAUGAAGAAGGGUGGAGACGGGGUCUUGUUCCACAGCGGGAUUUCCCACCUGAUCAGGAGUUCAGGGACUUUGUGGACCCUGAGCUCAGAGGUCCAAAUCGAGGUCUACCACAAGGCUGGGAUGGCAGGAAACCACCAGAGGAGAGAUUUGGGAGGGAUCCAGAAGAUGCUCGCUUCCGUGGGCGACGAGACGACCGAUUUGAACAGAGUUUUGAUCAACGUGGCACUGAAUUUGAACUGAGACAUCGUGAUCAGCGACGCCCAUCUCAAGUCAGACGUGGCCCAGAUUUUGAACUGCAUGAGCCAUUUGAAGAAGUUUUCAGGCGAGGAGGAGCUCGACAUGAUGUCCGUGGCCCAAGAGGAAGAGAUGGCUUCCUGGGGAUGGACGAGUUUAUUGGCAAUGAAGAAUUUGAAAAAGGGGAAGAGAACUCGAGAGGGCGUGAUCCAGGAGGGAGAGGACGAGGUCGUGGAGUAAUGCGAGGAGGGCGAGGGGGCCUCCUGCCCCUGCCUAGCCAUGAAGAGUUCCCUCGUUUUGAAGCUGGUCGCAAAUCAGAAAAACGGCCGCUGUCUCCAGGAGGCCACCGAGAUGGCUGGGUAGGGCGAGGAGACCGAGGUGAAAUUCAUGAGACUGGCAGAGAACCAGGCAUGCCUGGCCGCGAUCACUGUCCAGAUGAUUCUCGCCAGGACCAAUCACCCCGUGAUGGCCAGUCUCCAGUCAGCAGGGAGCGACCAUCAUCACUCCAUAGCAUGGAUACUGCAUCACUUCCUCCUCGCAAACGGCCAUGGUACGAAGGGCCGGGAACACCUGAUCAGAGGGAUUUGGAUACACCUGGUCCCACACCUGACGAUAGAGGCCAAAGCCGCAGUGGACCAGGUGGAGCAGCACCCCGUGUGGCCAAGACUGGGCGUUCCAAUUCACAUGAGGGAGAGCAUCAUGAUGGUUUCCACAGAGAUGAUGGAUUCAGUGGGCCCGGAGGUGCUCCUCCCAGGAGUACAGCAAGGGGAGGACCUAACUGGGCAAGAAGUGGAAACAGUUCAGGUCAGCCAUCACGUCGGGGAUCCUCCAGAGGCAGUAGAGGAAGAUGAACAAAACAACAUUGAAAGAAUGAAUUUUACUAAAGAUGCUCCAAUGACAAUGUACAGUGUUUAAACUGGAACUUGAGUGCACAGUCAGUGCUGAAUCUGCCCCCAGGAGAAGCGAUUGUUCCUUUUUCAGUUUUGUACAGUUGGCAGCGGUGUUUGUUGUUAAACUCCAGCAGUUUUAGUGUUGUGGGCUCUGGAGCACUGCCACACACAGCAAUAUGUGUCAGAACAGAAGCGCUCUGUUUCUGUAUGUACAGUUUGUCUGUCUGAAGUGUCAUUUUGUAUGACUAAACAAUAUAAUUUGUGCAAAAUUUAACAAACA